GUUUCAUAGAUUCCUCUUGGAACGCCGACAAAAUUCUAGUCUAAUAAUGUUGGUUGAAACACACGGUCUAGAAUGAAAGCAAAAAAAAGAAAAUCUCUUACACCGUACAGAUAUUAUGCCUCUGUCUUAUGAGUAGAGAUUGAGAAGACUUAGCCGAAUCCAGAAUCUCAGCUUGUUCUCAUUUCAGUUGUGGAUAAUCUCCUUGGAUUGUGCAACGAAACUCGUAAAGAUCUCGAUUAUUCCCCAUAACAUCCUGGGAGGGAGAAUUUUCUUCUUCGCAUUUUGUUGAUCAGGUCCAAAAAUGAUCCAACAGAAAAAAACCGUGAAGCUAUUCCCUUCACCUCCGAGAGAAAAUAACUCGAGCGAGUUCCAGAGAGAUUUUUUUUCUCUCAAUUUUCCCAAGAAUUUCCCUGAGAAAAUGAUUUCCCGAGAAAAGGAAAGGAAAGUUCGCCGAUCGGAAUGGCUCCCACGAAGCAGACGGCCCGGAAGUCCACCGGCGGCAAGGCCCCGAGGAAGCAGCUGGCGACCAAGGCGGCCAGGAAGUCGGCGCUGGCGACCGGCGGGGUCAAGAAGCCGCACAGGUUCAGGCCCCGCAUGGUGGCGCUGAGGGAGAUCAGGAAAUACCAGAAGAGCACGAAGCUACUGAUCCGGAAGCUGCCGUUCCAGUGCCUGGUGAGGGAGAUCGCCCAAGACUUCAAGACCGACCUCCGGUUCCAAAGUAGCGCCGUCGCGGCCCUCCAGGAGGCAGCGGAGGCGUACCUGGUCGGGCUGUUCGAGAACACCAACCUGUGCACCAUCCACACCAAGCGGGUCACCAUCAUGCCCAAGGAUAUUCAGCUCGCCAGGAGGAUCCGGGGAGAGAUGGCAAGUAGAGAUCUGCUUAAGAACGGUUUUGCUACGGGGAAAGGAUUUUGCUAUGGGGAAAGGUUUGGGUAAGUUUGGCAAGGCAUCCUAUUAAGGUAGGUGGUUAAAAUCAAUAAGCAUGAAAGCCUGGGUUAUCAAGGUGACCGAGGUAAUCGCAAAGGCCCAAACAUCAAAGGUAAAAGCUACCAACGUCUAUUGCUUCCACCUUUGAAAGAUUUUUUCCUAGACUACCAAGCUCUUGCAAGAAGAAGAGGUCAAUGUCUUGAAAGAUUUCUUUCCUGGACCACCAAGCUUUUGCAAGAAGAAGAGGCCAAUGUCUAUCACUUUGUUGAUUUGUUUGAAGACGGUCUGAUUAGCAUUAUUGGUAAAGAUGAAGAACCUAUAAUUUCACUGUGUAAGAGAUGUUUUUAGUUCUUGCAUUUAAUUUUUAGUUGUAUUCUAUUCAUUUCUCCUCUACGGGAGGAUUCUAUUCA